AUGAAACAUAAAUUUGAUAGGAAUCCGGAUGCGGCUUUAGUGUAUAGUUGGCCUACAGCGGAGUCUUCCAUUCGGCAGUCGCGAAGAAGUGUUUGUCCAGCAGUACCAUCCACAUUACGCGAGUUAGGGGAAUACUUGGAUAUGAAUACUGAUAGGUAUCAAUGCAACUAUAAUUUUUACCAGGAAUGGAUAGUGGACAAUGAUGGAAAGUAUAGCGUGAUGUUUACGUUCCAAGAAAUCAUUAGUGCUGUAGUGCAUCAGGGGGCCACGGAACUACACGCUGAUGCAACGUUCAAAGUAGUGCCGUCAAUGCCUCAUUGUAGACAACUGUUUAUGUUGCAUUUGAUCCUGCAAAAUCACUCUGUUCCUGUAUGCUUUGUAUUGAUGGAAGUAAAGACUGAGGCUGCAUAUAGGAAAGUUUUGGAAAGAUUUUCUCGUAAAUUUCCCGAAGUCAGACCAUUGACAAUCACGAUUGACUUCGAAACUGCACUCCGCAACGUCUUCUCUGAUGUAUACCCUGAAGCGACAGUAUCUUCGUGUUGGUUUCAUUUUGUACAGAGUUUGCUGAAAAAUAUAAAGAAGAUGGGCUACUCAAACCACGUACAACAGCACAGAGAAGCUAAAAUGUGCUUGAGAAUGUGUGCAGUAUUAGCACUAUUGCCUGCUCAUCAGAUCGAGCAGGGUUUUCAAGACAUAAAAAUGCAUGCCCAAAAUAAUAGUGUUUUGAUACCGAGAUUUUUUACAUAUUUUACCAGUUUUUGGCUAACUCGCAAAGGCCCAGAGUCUUUUUCGGUUUACAACCAACCACGCCGAACGAACAAUAAUGUGGAAAGUUUCCAUUCGAAUCUUAAACAGACUUUUCAAGUGUCACACCCAAAUUUGUGGAGAAUGUUGGAUCACUUGAAAAAUAUAUCCAUUAAGCAGCAUAUUGUGAUUAAUCAAUUGGCAGCAGGAAUGGCUACAACACGAAACACAAAAUUCAAAUUUAUUUUAAAUAGCUUGCGUAUAAAGCAUGCAACAGCUCUACUUGCUACAGGAGCAAUAACAAUAAAAGAAUUUUUGCUCCAGUGCUCACACUGUGUGGAUGGAUAUCUCACCAGAGAACUAAAUUGGCAUGAUGCUACCGAUGUUACCAACAACACUGUGGAAAAACACCACGAUAUUGCAUUACAAUCCAGCGGUUAUCAGAUUAAAGUCCAUCGCUACAUUUCCAUCAUUGUAAAAAGGUGUGAUGCAGGUAUAUACUUACAGGAUAUAAACAAAAGUGACAUCGAGCAGCAUAAAGUCACACAGCCAACUGGGAUAGACUCAAUUAAUAUAAACAAAAGUGAUGAUCAGAAUAGUGACGACGACGAUGAUGAUGAUGAUAGCAGUGAUUGUACAAAUGAUAAUGAGUCCAUUGCUACAUUUCCAUCAUUGUAA